ACCAGAGCGCGCCGCAGACACCCGACGACAUGGCCGUCGCCUCCGCCUGGGCCAAGCCCGGCUCAUGGGCCCUUGCCGCGGAGGAGCAGGACGACCUGCCACCUCCGCCGCCGCCCGUCCCCUCCUCCGACUUCCCCGACCUCGCCACCGCCGCCACUACUAAGGUCCCCAAGAAGAAGAAGGCCCAGCCAGUCUCCCUUGCCUCCUUCAACAGCGGCAAGUUCGUUCCCUCCUCCUCCUCCCGCGGCCCCAACCCCGACAUGCUGAUAAGCCUCCCCACCGGUCCCCGGGAACGCACUGAAGAGGAGCUCGGCGGGGCGCGAUGGGGCAACGUGGUUCGUGGCUCAGACGAGCCACGACGCGGCGGAUCUGGCACAGAGGAUUACGGCCCGUCGCGCGCCGACGAGGCAGAUGAUUGGGGUGUCAAGAAGCCGAUGGAGAGGAGGGAGCGGAUGGGAGGGUUCGGUGGGGACUCCUCGAUGUCGUCGCGUGCUGAUGACGUUGACGACUGGGUCUCCACCAAGAAGACGGCGCCCUCUCUUCCCAUGGAACGGAGGGAGCGUAGCACUGCCUUUGGGGGCGAGUCCCAAGGACGAGCUGACGAUUCCACGAGCUGGGUCUCGAACAAGAGCUACUCUGCGCCCCCACCGGCCGCGCCUUUGGAUGGCCGUCGGGGUGGGUCAGUUUGGGGUUUCGAUAGGGAUGUUGCCCAAGAUGCCGAUUCUUGGACCAAGAGGAGAGAGGAGGUGAGUAUUGGUGGUGGGAUCAGCGGCGCCCGGCUGCGGCUUGUUUUGCAGAAGCGAACUUUACCGGCUGCCAUUGUAAAUGAUGGGGAGAAGAAUGAGGAUAAGAAAGAUGAUGAUAAGAAGGCUGAGGAUGAAAUGGAAGAGAAGGGAGAGUUGCAUACGAAAAGCAACCCAUUUGGGUCAGCCCGCCCACGUGAGGAAGUGCUUGCUGCCAAGGGGGAGAACUUGCCCAAGGAGCAGGAUAAAGAGGAGGCGAAGCUAGUGAUUCAACCAAAAGUCAGGUCUUUGAAUCCGUUUGGGGCAGCCCGCCCACGUGAGGAAGUGCUUGCUGCAAAGGGUGAAGACUGGAGAAAGAUUGAUGAGAAGCUUGAUGCUAUGAAGGUGCGGGAGGCACCACCUGAGAGGAGGUCAUCUGGGAGGAGAGGUUCCCCCGUCCCAGGAGAGGAGAACGGGAAUGGUGAAGUUCCAGACAGCCGUGCUGACAGCGCUUGGAAGAAGCCUGCUCCGGUUGAGGCUACAGUACAAUCUGAACAAGGAUCGGAGUCUACUGGAGAGACUGCGCCUGCAAGUUGAUCAAUGUCCGUGAAUGUUAUGAAGAUGCUUUGGAAUCUGAGAGUCUACUAAAUAUAUUAGCUUUAUUAUGAGUGCUAUUGCUACUUGUGUGGGCAACAAUUCUAUUCUUUUUUCUCACUGUUUUAGCGCCUGUCUGAGAAUCGUGAGAUCAUGUCUGAGAAUUUUGAUCUGAUAAUUAUGUUAAUGAGAGAUGGUACCUAUUGUGGCUGAUAA